CGGACGUGUAACCACUGGAAGGAUGCCGUCGAGGAGCCGCGACGAGCCGCCGGCGUUCGACGCUGGCGACGACCUCGACCUCUACGACGCGUCAAACCCGUUUGAAGACGAGCCACCUGUCAAGACCAGUGACAACCAGCUAAAAAGCCCCAAAAAACAAAGUGCCAAGGACAAAGCGUUUGACUUUGAGCAGUGGGUCGCUCGGAAGGACAAGUACGAGCGCGUGCUCCAAGCCCUCCAUGCGCUCUCGACCGACCGCGCCGCGUCGGAGGCGCCGUGGUUUGACGUCGCCGUGGCGUUGGCAGCCACCGACUGCCUCCUCAAGGUCGGCCGCACCGACGCGUGCGACUGUGACGGUGUCUGCCACGAGCCAGCACACGCCGUGUCGCGUCAGCGCACUCGGUGCCAGUGCCCCGCGCCCAAGUGCUCGAUCUGCAACCGCUGCGUCGGCACGACGGUCGGCGUCAUCUCGGACAGGAUGACCGACGUGCUGACGCCUUACCGAAGCAGCAGCGACGAAAGUACGAUGGACAUUGCGACGCGCGUGAGCAGCAUGGGCGAAGGCCGGCUGCUCAACAGCCUCAAGAUCUCGGGGCUCGCUCUGCGCAUGGCCUCGACCGUGCAGAGUCAGUGCAGCGUGCUCCUCGGUCCCGACGGCGCCAAGCUGCAGCGGCCGUGCGCCUGCCCACUGCGGUCGCUCGGCGACCACUGGGUGCGCUGGACCAAAGCCAAUCACUCGUUCGAGAAGGUCCGGCUCACGGAAGCCCAAGCCAAGAAGUUUGGUGGCGCAACACGGCAGCUCAUGGAGCUCGUCGAAGGCGAGAACGUCUACCUCCUCACCAUCAAGUGGCGCGUCGCGGCCAAGCCGCAGAAAGGCGACACCGCCAAAAUUGCAGCUCGGCGCUGCCUCUCGGCCGACGAGAAGAAGCUCAACGCGAUCUUUGUGUCGCUCUGCAAGAAGUUCUGGGUCAAGGCGCAGCACCGCGUGGUCGAGAUCCUUCAGGACAAGAUGAAUUCGCUCCUGGGAAAGCAAGCUGCGACGACGCUUUUGCCGGGCCAAACGCACAAGUCACGCGCCGAGAUGGAAGUGCAGAUCCUCAAGCUGCAUGGCGUUCAGAAAAUGCUCUCGUGGGUCGAAGCCGACGCCGAUGCCAUCAAGGACAAAGAAGACGAAGUCGAGAAGGAGAAGGCCGAGGAAGGCGCGCUCGCCCACAACGCGUGGCUCAAGCGCAAGGACCGGCUGCGCAUCAAGCUCCCGACAGCAUCGAGUAUCGAGCCGUCGCUUCAGAAGAGCAGCUGGAAACCACCGCGCUUUGACUUUUCGACCAACGGCCUCGUCCGGCCCAAGAAGGUCGACAUUCCAUCGUGCACGAUCGACAUGAUGAAGCGCAGUGGCCUCAAGUACGUGCAUGCGAUGAGCGAGGGCUUCCAGGGCCGCGGUGGCGACCUUGACAAGUGCCGCGAAGUGCUCCUCAAGCGAGGCCACGUCAUCAAGGCCAACUUUGCCAAGGACCCGGACAGCGCCUUCUCGGAAGACCGGUACCACUUCGAGAAGCAAAACGCGCCAAAGGCCAAGGAGAACCCUCGGUCGGGCAUGUCCAAGGAGGCGUUUGCGGCCUGGAGCGCGCACAAGGCGCUCAAGGACAAGGCGCUCGCGUUCCUCGACGCAACACCCAAGCCCAAAGACGUAUCCGAGAACGCGUCGGCGCACUGGGAAGAGGCCGGGCGAGCGUUGAAGGCGGUGGACCGUGGCUUGCUGCUGUCGUGGAUGGCGUGGUCGGACGGCUUUAUGAGCCAAGGCCGCUGCCGCGUGCUCUGGGAGAGCUUCCCGCCGAUCGCAUGCGACGUCCACGCGACCUCGUCGGCGCUCCGCGAUGUCUUUCUCAAGCUGCUGCACCGGAAGGACGUCGACUACAAAGGGGCGUUUCUUGCGUUUGCCGACAAGCAGCACAAGAAGGCUGUCGCGGACGGCAACGCGGACGACGACAUGAAGGACGAGGACAAGCUCGCCACGUACGCCACCAUGAAGCCGCUUGAAUUUCACAAGUUCCUCAAGUCGCUCGGCAUCGCGUUCACGCCGGACGAACGCACUCGCAUCGUCGAGUUCUUCGACUCGAACGGCGACGGCGCGAUCACAAUCAAGGAGUUCCUUGCUGUCACAGGCGACCGCCGCCCCGCCCAGUGCCACGGCGACACGGAGAUUGCGCUCAAAGACGUGUGCAUGUGGGAGACGGUCUGCCACGAGUGCGGCAUGCUCAACGCGUUCCAGGUCUCGUCGUCCGAGCGCGGCCGCGUCCGCACCGAGCUGCCCGCGCACGUCAAGCGACGCCAGCUCGCCCGGUUUGGCUGCAAACCCGUUUUGCCGCUGCGCGAGGUCAAGGAGGCGGCGCCGUAUGCAUGCGACGCCGCGGGCUGGAGCGAUCAAAAAGCCGCGGGCGGUGUCGCCGUCCUCGAUCGGCUCUCGAUCGAACACCGCGAGCGCCGGGCGCUGCAAAAGCUGGUCACGGACGGCGCGCCGCCCGAGCUCCCGGUGCUCUUCCGCGACGACGACGAGGCACUGGACCCGACGACAAUGAUACUACUGCGGUGGCACCCGCCGCCGGUCCGCGGCAACAACGGCCCGGCGUUCUACAUCCUCGAGACAUCCGGGGCCGAAGGCAGCGCGAGCUUCAAGCAAAACGUCUUCACCGAGCUCGUACGGGACCCGAAGGACUUUAGCGAUAACCAGGGCGAACCGCGGUACCACUACGUUGUCACAAAUUUGCUGCCCAACACCAAGUACGCGAUGCGGCUCCGCGCGCUCAACGCCUUUGGUGCCGGGCCGUAUGCCUUUGGGUACUUUACGACGGUGCCGCGUGUGCCACCGGCGCCGAUGGCCGUCAAGGUGACUCCGACGACGAUCCACCUCUCGUGGAACUCGUCGGCGUGGUACGACGCACAGCUCAAGGAGCUCCGAGCGGUGUUUGAUGAAGCUGACGUCGACGGCAACGGCGAGAUCUCGCGCGACGAGUUUAUGGAGGAAAUCGAAAAGCGCAAGCCGCGGUUGCUCGAGUUUCUUCAGAAGACGUCCGCGCCGACGUCGACCGAGGCCCCGGGCGUGCCGCUCAGCGUCUUUGACGCGAUCGAGACGAACGACAGCAACACGCUCAGCUGGACCGAGUUUGUUGCGAUGUUCAACGGCCACCUCGACGACCUCCACCUCUUUGACGACGACGCCAAGUCGGUGGCGUCAUCCAAAGUGUCGCGCAAGGCCAAGCCAACCGUCUCGAGCGGCUGUCGCUACGUCCUCAAGCAGUGCGUGCACGAGGCCGACGGACAGUACGAAGAGAUCUACCGCGGCAGCAAGCCGUCGUUCUUCGUGCACGGCCUCACCCCCGGAACUGCGUACCAAUUCCGCGUGCAAGCCAUCAACGCCGACGACCAAGCCUCGCUGCACAGCGCCCCGACGAUCGUCAACACGCUCUUGCCAACGCCGGCGGCGCCGACAACGACCGAUGUCGGGGUGACGGACGCCGUCGUGAGCUGGACGCCGGGUGACGCGACCGCCGGUGACAAGCGCAGCAUCGCACUCAAAGGCAAAACCAACGUCCUCGACGACUCUGUGCACAAGCUUCUCAAAGAGUGGGCGAAAGAGACACCGGUGGACCACCCGGCCAUCGACUUUGCGGGCAAGUUCCAGCGCUACGACCGUGACGGCAGCGGGUACUUGGAGCUGCCCGAGUUCAAGACGCUGCUCUCGGAGCUCGGCGUCACGCCGUCCGAGGAGCGGCUCGCCGCCUACAUGGAGACGUUUGACACCAACAACGACGGCAAGAUUUCGUUUGAAGAGUUCAAGGACUGGUGGACCAAGCCCGAUGUCCAAUAUGUCCUCAAGCGCUCAGACGCCGGGCGCAGUGAGAUGACCGCCGUGGUCUACCGCGGCACCGACAAAAGCUACCACGUGCGCGGGUUGGCGCCGAACGCCACGUACCUCUUCCGCCUCCGGCACGUCUCUUCCCAUGCGUCGAGCAGUCUCAGCAGCGCGCUGUCGGUCUGUACGCUGCCAGAGGCGCCGUCGGCCGCCGGUGUCGUCGACGUCCUCGCGACCAAGGCGCGCGUCGUGUGGUACCCGAGUGCCACGGGCGCGGCGCGGUACCUUCUCGAAGCCAAGUUUAUCGAGUGCCUCACCGACACCAAGGUCGCCAAGCCCUCGGGCGACUGGACGCCAAUGUACGAAGGACCCGAGACCUCGACGACCCUCCUGGACCUGGUUCCCAACAGCGUCUACCGACUGCGCGUGCGCGCCGGCAACGCAUCGCGGGCGUGGAGCAGCUACGGGCGCGUCACGCAGCUCUGCACGCUCCUCAAGGACCCGUCGCUGCGCCCGAGCAACGCGGUCGAGCGCUUCACCGUCGAGGUCGCGGGACCCGGGCGGCUCGUGCCCCACGACACGAUCCUCUUUACCGAGCGGCUCGUUUUGCUCGAGGACGGGACGGCGGUCGAAGAGGACAAGCGCCGCGGCAAGUCGGGCAGGAGCGUCAAAGAGCCGCUCGAGUGCGUUGGCGAGCGCACGUUGGCGGCGCGUGUGACCGGUGUGGCGGAGGACGUGGCCCGGCGCUGCGUCCUGACCUUGGACGUGGUCUGGUGCACGGUGCAGGUCUACGAGAGCGGCAAGAAGGAAGGCGCAAUGAAGCAAGUUGCACUCGCGUCAACGCUGCAAACGGACGCCAAGCUCUCGCGGUUCGAAAAGUCGAUCCUCAAGUACGAGGCCUUCCGCCUCCCGUGGCUCGACGAGGGCGCCCGCUGUGCCAGCGCAUGGGUCGCCACGACAGGCUUUCUCGACGAGGCGACGUAGGAUAAUGGAAGCAUGUUGACGCAUA